CAAGACCAUAAUUUCUGUCUUGGCUUUUUGCCUUCCAUUAUGCUCUUUGAAGGUGUGCUCUGGCAGUUGAUGUCAAUGGCAGUUGAGAAACUGGCACUAAAUGGAUCUCACAUAGAAGUUGACUGCAGUGCAUCAUUACAGUGUUCUUUUGAAGUCAAAGGGACACAAUAGUGUUGUGAGUUAAAACAUUGUGCGUCACUCAAUCCCAAGUCCCUUUCUUUCAAUCCACUGAGUCUUCUAUAAAAACCAGAGCUCAAGACCUUGGUCUUCAUCCGAUCUUGUGGGUGACUCCUCUAUUGGAUCAGCUGUCAUCAGGACUCACUGAAGGGCAUCUCAACCAGAGUCUCACCAUGAGGGCCAUCUUCUUUGCCUUUGUGGUGCUCCUGUUGGUCAUUGCGGCCACUGAAGCCUAUCCAUAUCCAAGUAAAGGCAAAUGUGGUGUUCCAUGCGCUGGAGGCUGUGGCAAAUCCUGCGCUUACGGUGUGGAUGCCAGCGCAAACUGUGCCUGUGGCUAUGAUGGUUAUGGUGGUGGACCUUACUGCUGUAUCUCACCACCACCUCCACCUCCACCACCUCCUCCACCACCUCCUCCUCCACCUCCUCCUCCUCCACCACCACCACCACAUUAUAAACAUUAUAAAGCACCAGUAGUACCCCACAAAAAAGGCUGAGCACCUGGAGAACCAAACAAAAAGAGCAGUCACAAGCAUGUAAAAACAUCUCUCCAGCACAUGAAAAAAAAGCUGUGUCUCCUCUUUUUGAAUAAUAAUAAAAAGGUGUUGAAACCACAUGGAUUAAGUCAUGUGUUUCCUUCGUGUGUCUGUUCCUUCAAACCUAUUAAACAUCCAAAAUAUAAUCUUGAUUAUUUAUUAAUUUAUUUACAUCUUGCUUUCAUUUCUUUAAAAAAUGACUCAAAGCCGGUAUGGAUUCCUGAAAUUUGUAGUAUGGCGAUGUUAUUGAAAACCAGACCCCCAAAAAGAUGAACUCCCAAGUUAAUUCCU